CUCUUUCAAACAGAGAAAUUCAAUUUGUAUGAACUAAUGGACUAUUCGUUUUGAGUUGAUUUGAUCAGAGACGGCUAACAAAUACAAUUUUGAUCAGACUUUAAACAUGAUGCGUAUAGUCAAUGAAUUACUAUGAUAAUCUCUGAUGUUUUGAAUAUGAAUGGGAGCUCUAUUAUACCAUGCCUUUGUCAUCCAUUCAGUUUUUACAAUCAUUUGUCGAAAAUAAGUGAUACCAAUUAAAUGCUGCUUUAGAUGCAGCGCCAUCUUUGACAAAACUCUCGAAAUAAUACACAUCAAUGUUUUCUCAUCAAAAUUACUAUUCAAUUACUUCAUCUGGUGGAGACAUUAAAUUAAUUUAACAAUCAUAAAUUUUGUUUCACCAAAAGUCCCAUUUAUUUCAUGACACUUCCAUUUGCCAUUGAAAAUUUCCGUCCAUUAAUGGCCAUUUGAACUAUACGUCACAUGGCUGCCGGCAUUGAAACGACACUUUGACACUUCAUUUCGAGUGCAUUUUGGUAGCAUAAACGUCAACGCAAGCAUAUUUACACUCGGUUCUAUAUCGAGAAGAAGAUGUUUUAAUCCGACACCUAUUCUAUUAUAGAGCGAACUCAAUCGAAAAGGACUAUUAUUAGUUAACAAAUGUAAUUGUUAUUGCAUCGAACGGACGUUUCAAAAAUGGAUGAUCCCUUAAAGCCAACUUCGGUACCAUUGGAAGCCGAAACCAUAUUGUGGUUUGAAUUUUUAUUAAAUCCAUCGUUACUGACGACGCAUCUACAGAAAGAAAAUGCUUGUCCAACGCCGAUUGAGCUCAUUUCAAAGUUUCUGUCAAUGGCACCGGAAAGUCAAAGUAACACAACGACAGCUACAACACCUGACAUAGAGUCGGCAAUGAAUCGCACCGAAGGUUUGAAAAUUGGCCGUAAACAAUUGGCACUGAAAAUUCUUGGCCUCAAAGUUGCAUCGUAUCUUAAGUGGAAUUUGCAAGUGUUGGAACGAAAUCUGUCGCUGCAGAAACAAGUUCAAUUGUUGAGUGAUUUAUGUUCGGUGACAUCGGAUAAAAUGGUAAAUUUGCCAUUGUCCUUGGUGCACGAAUGUCAACUGGGACCGGAAGGAUCGAAAAAGGCGUUCAAUUUUGCCUUGACUCUAUACCAUCGAUGGAUUUUACGUGCGCAAGUACUCAAAGAAAUUCCACCAAGAGUUUUUCGACAAGGAUUCAAUCAUGUAUUGAUGACAAAUCAAGAACAAGCAAACUCCUUCCGCGACGAAAUGUUUCUAUCCUCACUCGAACCAUUUACGCAAACUAGUAUCGAUUUUCUAAAUCAAAUCUGUCUGGAUGAUGAGCCAUUCAUACAUUUGACAUAUGGUUCAUUUGUUGCGCUCAGUCCGAAUUCGGUGUCGGAUCGUUUGGAACAGGAUUUUGACAAUUCCAUUGUCAUUUCGAAGGCCGAACUCAGAGCACAAAUUGCGUAUGAUUUAUGUGAAUUUUAUUUAUAUGACAAGAAAUACGAUUUGGCCAAACAAAAAGCGAUUGAAUGUCGUGACAAUUUAACGGCUUUGAAAAACGAAUACGCUGAAAAGGAUAUCGAAUGCAAUAAAGAUGAUGGUGGUCAAUUCUUGUUUUGUACAUUUACCGAUGAAGAACUGCACGGUCGUUUAAUGGCCUGUGGACUGUUCGAAAGUGAAAGCGCCGGUUUACUGUAUCGAAUGAAUGGUUCGAUAAUGAACAAAUACAAAGACAUUAACACCAUUUUCGAAUUGGAUAACAUCAGAUUGGAAAUCCCAUUGGUUAAUCGUCAUAUUCUAGAACUUGACAUGGAAGGCAUACACACAAAUGAACCGCAGAAGAUAACAAGAGAUGCUCUCAUACGAAUAGCUGCGUUGAACGCUAUCCGAUCCAUGGUUGACACGAAUGAUCUCUUCUCACACCAUGAUUUCCUCGUAAAAUAUCAAAAACAAAAUGGAUUGACUAUUCUGCUUGAAACUGCAGCCACAUUCCUUAGACAAUCAGAACAAACUGAACAUCACAAAAAAGUGAAAGAAAACAUUUACAAUAUAUUAUUAACAACUAAUGCCAACUAUGUGAAACCGGCUGAUUUUGAGCUCGUUGAAAAUUCAUCAUUGCUCAGUCACCAAGAUUUGGACAAUAUUAAACGCUUGAAGCAGCUGUAUUGCACCAAUUCACCCAUCGAAAACAUUUCUUUCUCGCCAAUAUGCACAAUGACUGACUGGAAACUAAGUGAUGUUAAAGUUACAUCUCUGGAGUUGGGAGCAUUGAAACGACAACUGAUCAAUUGUACGACAUCAACUGCUGUACGUGUCCUCCUUGUUAAAUGCACAAAUCUCAUAAUGUCCAGCAAUCCGUCCCUGUCAAUGGAACCAUGGCACAUAAAUCCGAGUUGGAUUAUGCCAAUCAGUAUAAAGUCGGUAUUAAUGUCGAUGCCACGAGGCUUCCUACAGGAUUACUCGUACAUCUGUAUUGCAAAAGCAAAAGAUUUCGCAUCGAAACAGGAGUUCAAAGUGGCUUUGAACUUAUUGAAUGCCGCCAAAUUGGAAGUUCAACGUCACGAUGCGAAUACGAGCACAACUCGGCUCAAUAAAUUAAUCGACAAUGAAGUUUUACUAACACAAGCAACGCAACAUCUGCAGGAGUGGCCAAAGAAGCCAGUUGACCACGAUGCAAUCAUUACAAAGUGUAAACAAGCCCUGAAAAGUGCUAAUGGCGAAAAUGUGCCGCCACGAAUCGAAAUUUUACCUUCAUGUGCAGCAGUUCUAAUCAAUUCGAAUGAAGCCAACGAACUGGUUCGAAUCGAUCGUCGCUUCCCCUCAUCCGAAUUGUUUUCGGCGAUUGCAACAAUAAUGAUCGAGCUUGAACAGCACAAGGCGACUGCGUCAAAAAAGGUGUUCCGCGAUGCUUGGGAUAUGAUUGCACCAAUGUUUGCAAAUGGCGGCCAUUCGUCGUCGGGCAUCAAUCGACGUGGCCGAUCAACGCCACAGCAUAAUAUCGAUACAGUCGAUGACUCCAAUGAUGCGGCUGAUGGAUCGGAUCGAAGGGAAAAUGACGAUACAACAAAUCAAGAUGUUAAUAUGCAAUAUGAUGAUCAGAAUGCGGCUGGAACACAAGAUGAUAAUACCAACAGCAAUGGGAAUGGUUCAAGGAACAUGGAUGUUGAUGAUGUGGAUCGCGGUAAUGACAGCCAUAACAAUGAACGUGACCGAAUCAAUCCAUUUUCAAACCGGAAUCGAAACCAUUUUAACAAUGAUAAUAGUGGCUACGGCAUUCGAGAUUCUCCUGCGGUCAUUGUGAAUACAAAUUUACUGCCAUUCAUUCAGAAACUUCGCGAUCCAUUGCCCAUCACCAUAAUGAUGACAUUGUUUGCAAGAUUACACAAUAUUUUGGACGAUAAUUUAAAUCGUGAAAUCAAUGGCGAAUACAUGAAUCUAUGGCCGACGAUUGUCACAAAUCCGAUGAGCUACAAUAUAGACAUAGUGAUUGAGAUUCUGAAUAUAACAUUGAAACAAGCGCUGCAGUGGCAUCCACAGCAUGUUCCAUGGAUUCGAAUUGAAGGCGAUCUUGAAUUUCGCAAUGAAAAUUAUGAAGCCGCAAUGUCUUCGUAUGUGAAUGCGAUUUUAACUGGAUCUGAGUAUUAUACGGUGAAUUUGGAACAAAACAUUGAUGAUUAUAUCAUACGGAGAAUGAUUAAAUGUUGUUCUAAUUUGGGUUGCUAUAUGGCUGCUUAUGUACUCUGUCAAUUCCUAGAGGAAAUUGACUACAGUUUGGCAUUCAAAACACUUUCGGAUCGGGCAACAUUCAGUAGCAUUUCAGUCAAAUCGUUUGUUUUCUCCGAUGCAAUGGACUCUUAUUAUAACUGUAUUUGGGAUGCAACUUUAUUGGAGUUUAUCGUCAAUUUCCUAGCCAAACGUGGAGAACAUGCACGGAAACAGUUGGCGAUUGCAGCGUUAGGACAAUUAGAGCUGAACGCUAACAAUAACGAUGAGGUGAAAAGAGAAGCUGCCACAACUCGACAAAUCAAGUUUCUACGUGCGCUCGCCAAACAAUAUAUAUUGUGACGAGUAACAGAAUUUGAAGUAUGUCAACAUUUAAGAAAGAAUCGGUGUGUUUGCUGAAAUAUCUAAACCCUGUAAAAAAGUAGUAAUAUUUCCUAAGUUUAAUUAAAGUUAUUAUUAAUUUUAUUUCGUAAAAGAUCCGUAAUUUUUUUCGGGAAAAGAGAAAACACCGAACAAAUCAGAAAGAGAAAUCGCAUCAAAAACGUAAUCUCUUUAUUAAAUUUUAUUCAAACAUCAUUUUAAGUAUCUAUUUAACCGAGAAACAAUUAACAAUAAAUACACACAUCUUCGUCAAAUCGAACAGAGAAGAUGCAAAAGCCAGCUAUAAACCCAAUUUUACACUCUCGAAAAUAUUUUUUUUUGUUCGUUUUCAUAGUUUUUUGUCUCUCGAUUUAUUCAAAGCGCGGUUAAAAAUGGUAUGUUCUUAUGUGAGAUAUAAUUGCAGGCAGACCACCACUGUAUCGAGUAUAUAUCGAACAUAAAAUAUUAUUUAUACAUUUUUUUUAUUUGAUAAAAACAAAGAAAUGGAAAAUCAAGUAAAAAUAAAGUUUGUUUGACUUAAAGAAACAAAUAAAA